AGUCCCAUCCUGUUCCCUGAAUUGCAGAACAAAGCAAACACAGACAAAAGGGCAGUGAGAGAAGCAAGUACAGUAGUACCCAGUGCUGCUCUGGGGCCAGGCUGGACACAUCCUGUCUGCCACCAUGCAGCAAAACCCCCUUCACCCAUCUGCAAACCUGCUCCCUGACCACACUACACUACAGUGUUUGUCCCCUACUUGUGCCUGGUUAGCAGCUCAACUAUCAUGUCCCUCAGCAUGAGGCACCCAGGAGGUUUGCAGGUCGCAGAUGGUGGAAGCUGCUGGCUGCAGACACACCAUCCCCACUCCUGUCUGUCAGCUUACGUGGCUCUGGGACACCCUGGUUUGUCUGCCCUUCCUGCUUUUCUACGCUCCCUACAUUCUCUCCACAAUUUUUAUUUGCAAAAUCCCUCUUACUCAAGGCUGCUGCGUUUCUCUGCUAUCACACUGCACUAUGCUUUCCACCCCCUUCCUACCACAGUGGCCACUUCACACAUGCCUGUUGACUGCACCACUGACACAGGGACUGCAUGUUGGCAUCUCCAGAGCAAGGUUUGCCUUGGUGGCCUGAGAGCUACAGCCAGCCCUGAGAGCAACACCAGAAGGGAUAAAGAUAUCUACAAUGCUUGUUGUGGAGGGGAAAAAAAAAAAAAAAAAAAAAAAAAAAAGGGGGGGGGGGGAAGGGGGAGGAGCACAGAGACCUUUCCCCAGGUUGUGGCUUUUGUUGGCUCUACACAACCCUGUCUGAAGCACAGAUGCACGAGGGAAGGUCAGAGGGGAAGAAAAAGGACUGGCAUGAGGCUGAGGGGGAAUGUCUAUGGCUCAGCCUCUGUGCCCCUGCCCAGAGCAGCUUUGGGACUUGAGGCAAGCAAAAUGCAGAACCCAGCACAAAAGAGCCACAGCUGCUGUACAACUCCCCUGUACAGGGACCAUCCUAGGGUCUCUGCCUCCACUCACUGGGCUAGGACAACACUGUUCUCACUUGAAAGCCACGGGAAAGCUGCACCAGCCUCUGAACAAGGAGCUCAAGCUAAAAUCAGAGAUAAGUUUGUCUCUACACAGCAGGAGGACAGCGCUGCAAUGAGGAUUCCAUGGGCUUUGGAGCACAGCACUGCAUCAACCCUGGCUCAGAGGCAGUGUGCUGGAGGUGGGUGUGUGCAUGUUUCUCCAGAAGGCCCCAGUAAGAAAGUUCCAAGAUCAGUUUAAACUUUGCAUUUCGCAGCCAGACACAUGUAACCCUCCCCAGCCCCACACCAUUGCAUCCAUUUCUCUUCCUCACAUUGCUGCUGCACAGCCCACGCCUCCUUUGAUGGAAUUUGAUUAAAAGUAUUUUGCAGCAACCUCAGCCAUCCCACAGGCAUUGUUCUGCAAAACAGCAACAGAGAGAGAUCAGCACCCAGGACUCUGCCCUGAGCAUGGCUCCCACUGCUGCAGCUUUGAGAGAGUGAGACCUAUCACCAUACCUUUAUUCCCCAUGCUUUAAGAAUGGAAAUGCUGGGAAGUUUUCUACUUGACCAUCUUUCAGAGCAACAGCAGAUUUAUGAGCUAAUUCUGUAGCUCAAGGAGUGGUUCAAAAUGACUUAUUUUUGAAACAAAACAUCUGUUCUCCUCCACAUCCUAUACCUAAAAAUAAAGCUUCACAUAUUGGAGUAUCAUGGGAGAAGUGCCUCCCAAUAAACUCUCAGGCUUAGUGCUGAGGAAGAGCACCUUCUACCCGGCCUCCCCAGCAUCUAUCACAAUGCCCUCCGCUUCCUGUGGCCGUUACCACUCAGCCUCACAGGAAAUUAAUUCAACAUUAUACCGCAGCUGCAAAUUCUCUAUCCGAAAGAGCUACUUUGCUGCUCCAUACUCCAAUUCCCUGUCUCUCAGGACAGUUAGGUGGAAGCCUCCUAUGCCAUUUGUAUUUCAAUCUUGUUACAUAUGGAAAAGUUUGGGUUUGUGGUAGGUGAUUUUCCAAGUUAAUGCCUCUCAAGAUCUCAAUAUCCAGGAGAAGAAAACUUUUUUUUUCAUGGCACCAAAUAAUCCUACAGCUUCAGAAGCAAGCUUGAAGGAUCAAAGAAGCUGGCAGAUAAACUUCUUAUCUAGGAGAGUUUAAGAGUGCAUUGCAGACAUUUUAAGAAUGCCUGCUCUUUUGGUACAGGAAGAAAACACUUGAGAUUAAGACUUAAAAUAAGCAAAUCCUGAAAAAUAAAGCUUCUUACCAUAUACUGGCAACCACCCAGCUCUGAAGGGAGCGACUUUUCUCUCUGUGAGGGAAAGCACACUCUUCUCUCAAGGAAGCUUCAGAGAUGUGCAACUUCCUCCAUUACCUCCCCUUCCGCUGCCCCUCAAACCUCAAAGCUACUCAGCAGGGUGCAUGACAGAGGCUAAAGCCAGACCAAAAGAACCAGGCAAAUUCCUGGGCAAGAAGUACGUUCACAGCUAUAUUGAGAAAACAAAAUCCUCCAGCUGCAAGAUGCUUUGCACUUAAAAUGAAAGUCUCUAGCUUACAUCCUCAGGGCAUUUAAUAGCAGUUUCAUUAAUGCUCAACUCUCAUACAGAAAGAAAAGCAGCAAAGCCAGGUUUUGUAGGCUUUAAGUGCAACAGAAAGCAAGCUUGGGCGAGCCCCAGUACUUGCAAAAAGCAGGUCUGUGCCCAGCCCCCACGUGUCCUCCCAGCGUGGGAUCAGAGCCACCAGAGCUUGAAGUCAAAUCAGGCUGCUGCCUGUGCUGCAGAGCAGCUGCAUCCCCAAGAAGUCAGAGGGAACUGGGAUGCUGGGUGAGCUUCUUACUCCCACAGCUGAUGCUAUUUGCAAGCACAGGGAGCCUCGCUCAAGGUCAUGCUGUGCCUGAAAGGCAGAGCCAAGAACAGUCCAGGAUUCCCAGCUCUCCACCCUGCAGCAUCUUCAGUUGCUUCCUUUGAGGAACAUCAGGGCUUUAACAUUCUCUUCACUGGCUGACACAGAAAUCAAAUGAGGCACUUUGCUUUUACCACAGAUGCAGCUUUGGCCAUUGGGAGCCAGAUGGUGCUUCCUCCCAAGCCCUCUCCCAUACUCCAAAAAAAAAAAAAAAAACAACAACACCAAAACCAUGCCAACCAGUGCAUCUCUUUCCAAUAUUUUAAUGAGUUGCUACAUUUUACACUCAUAAUUAUAAAAGAAUAAGAAUCCAUAAAAAUAUUUUCUUUUCAUAAUACGCACUUAAAAUACUCCAGGGCAAGUCAAUGUGGUUCAUUUGGGUGUUGGAUUUUUCUUCUCUUUUAGUCCCUGGCAGAACCCUUGGCUUGAGGGGGGGUACGUGCUCCCCUGAGGUGCAAUUACUCAAUCCCCCCUCCCCAGAACUGCAGUUCCUGUUGACCAGGAAAAUAAGAACCAAAAGAAAGCAUACGCUGAGUAGAUGGGCAAGGGGAACAGUCACUGACCUGCAGAGAACUGAAGCACAGCCAAUUUCAGUGCACAUCUGAAAGCUCAAGGUUUCAGGGAAGGAGUAGUGGGAUCAGGAAGCAGCAUAAAGAAUGAAGGGAGGAAGGAUUUGCAUAAAUAGUAUCCAUCUCGUGUUGCAAAAAAAAAAAAACAAAAACAAAAAAAAACAACAAAAAAAAAGCUGCUGUUAUCUCCAGAGAUGAUCAGAUGAUCUCUGAGUGUAGCCAGCCGCCUCAGCUGCCGUGCUACCUUUUGGCACAACUCUGGCUGUGAGCGGCCAUUAGAGAAAGGCAUGAGAGGGCACUGUUACCAACCCCAGCCACUUCCUCCAUCUGCUCUGCAAAAUAAAACUGAGAAAUAGAAACGACUAGUGUUGCAUGCUUCUGUAGAGCUCUUCACAUCCCAGGGCUCCACACUGCUGCAGCGGGGCCAGGACACAGCACCAGCAAUGAGUUUCCCUGGGGCUUUAAACAAUACGUUUUUCCCUCUUCCCUUCCACUCCUGGCUUAAGGCAGCUUGCUUAUUCAGCUCUUUUAUUUCCAACAUAAGCACCGAGUUCUUGCAGGUAAGAAUACAGGAACUGCAGAGGUGCAGCAGAAGGGAAAAGGAUGGGUGACAGAGAGAGAUGGAUGCAAACCUCAGCCUUUGGAGAUAGACCACUGUCUGUCAAUCCCCAGGAUAGAGGGAGUAGCAGCAAAAAAAAAAAAAAAAAAAAA